ACACAGCGCCCCCCUCUUACCAUCAGCAGUCGCUGUCGGAUGCUCACUCCGCAGUCAGCGAGAGGCAAAGCGGAGCCGGUCGGGGCCGAUGGUGGCUGCCACACACUACACACACAGAGCACACGACGACUCGCAUAUACCACCGGCAGUGUUGCGGUGUCAUUCAUUAACGUGUACACUCACACACAUACACACACACAUAUACACACACGCGUGCGCAAAGACACGGGCGGCUCGGUCAUCCGGACGUAACGCGAAGGGCCAUGGUGGUGGUGGUGUUACACGUCCGCUAAAGAAGAAGAAGACGAAGACGGGGUGGGAGGUAGCUGUUCACGCCACGUUGAGACGGCUAACACUCAAGAGAGACGCACAACACACACACACCAAGCACCGGGUUACAUCACGACACACCAUUCGUGUGGUGUCAUCACGACAAUAGCUAAGCACCCAACCCACAUCGACACGCGCACACAACGUGACCGGGUCCAGCGGACACGUCCAUAGCAGCAGGAACAGCAGGAACAGCAGGCUGUGAGACGUGGCCCAGCCACCCACACCCACACAAACACACAUGGUCACAUACCCAGUGUGUGUGCGUGGUAAGCCAGCGAACCAUCAUCAUCAUCCGUCUCAUCAGAUGCGCGUUCCACGCUGCGCGCACGUGUGAUUGACCCCGGGCUUCAACAUGGACAAUGUCAACACGGAGGACGGUGGUGGCAGUGGCAAGGGUGACGGAUCGAUAAUCUUGGGUCUGGGAUCGAACCAGGACAGGGCUACCUCUGCGUCUGCGGGCAGCCUGACCGGCUCUGCCCACGGGGUCUACGGUGGUGGUGCUGGUGGUGGUGCUGGCCGUGGUGAUGACGAGGACUGUGCAGACGAUGAUGACGAUCGGAGUUCCGUCGGAUCCGACUCGGAGGUGAACGCGCCCAAUGGGACGAGGAAGACUGAUCGCUUCGGAUUCAUCGGUGGGACUCAGUACACGGAUGCCGUGGAGACGGCGCUGCCGAUGGACGUGGCUCGCCAGCGCGAGAUGAAGUGGCUGGAGAUGCUGCAGCACUGGGACAGGUGGAUGCCCAAGCGAUACCAGAAGGUGAAACUCCGCUGUCGCAAGGGGAUCCCUCCGUCGCUGCGUGCGAGGGCCUGGCAGUACCUCUCCGGUGGGCGCGCGCGCCUGGCGCUCAACAAGGGAAAGUUUGAUGAGCUGGACCAGCAGGAAGCUGACCCCAAGUGGGUGGACACGAUUGAGAAGGACCUGCACCGCCAGUUCCCCUUCCACGAGAUGUUCGCCGCCAGGGGCGGUCACGGGCAGCAGGACCUGUUUCGCGUGCUCAAGGCCUACACCGUGUACUGCCCCGAGGAGGGCUACUGUCAGGCCCAGGCUCCCGUUGCUGCUGUGCUGCUCAUGCACAUGCCCGCCGAGCAAGCAUUCUGGUGCUUUGUUCAGAUCUGCGAGAAAUAUCUUCCUGGGUACUACAGUCCCGGCCUGGAGGGAGUGCAGCUGGACGGGGAGACUCUGUCGGCGGUGCUGAAGAAGACGUGCACCCUGGCCUACCGCCACCUCAAGAAGCACAAGGUGGACCCCAUCCUCUACAUGACCGAGUGGUUCAUGUGCGUCUUCUCCCGCACGCUGCCCUGGGCCUCCGUGCUCCGAGUCUGGGACAUCUUCUUCUGCGAGGGCGUGAAGGUGGUGUUCCGUGUGGCCAUCUCCCUCGUGCGCAACACCAUCGGCAGCUCGGACAAACUGCGCGAUUGCCAGGGCCUCUACGAGACGAUGGAGAAGCUGCGCAACAUCCCCGCCGAGUACAUGCACGAGGACAGGCUCAUGCACGAGGUGCUGGAGUUGGAGGUGACAGAGAGCCAGAUCGAGACGGAGCGGCAGAAGCAGAUCGGCAAGUGGAAGGAGCAGAAGGGCAGCCUGUAUCCGGCUUCGUCGGUGCACCGGCUGUACGGCACGCGCGCCGUGCACGACGACAGCAAGGGCGCGCCGGUGCCGGCUCCCUCUGACUUCACGCCGCCUUCGCCCUCUUCCACCGCGACGAUCGCCCGCGCUCCGCUGUCACCCACGGGCAGCAUGGCGAGCAUCAGGCCGGGCAAGGAUGACACGAGGAUGAAGAAGAAGGCCGACAAGGAGCGGGAGAGGCUGAGGAAGGAGGAGGAGAAGAACAGGGCCCUGGAGGAGAAGGAGAGGCUCAAGAUGGAGAAGAAGAAAAAGAAACGGAGCGGCAGCGAGAAGGGUGACCGCUUGGCCAACGGCCACCAGGACUCGAAGAACGGGAAGGCCGAGGCGGAUCUCGGCGAGCGCCACUCGCUCGCCGACCCCGACAUGAACCCGGAAGUUAAGCGCUCGACUCUGAGCAUCCUGUCCGAGCUGUCUCUGGAGGAGACGUAUCUCUGAUGGGUCGGGGACGGCCGUGCACAUGCGCUAACGAUUUCGAAUUCACAGUUGG